AUGCAGUCAAUUUAUGUGGCACGUACCAUUCUCUUUAUCCAGAAACUGCGGCAGGAAGUCUUUAUUUGGCAGGCGCUAGAAUGCUCGCAUAUCUUGCCUUUGUAUGGCACCACGAAAGGAUUUGAGAGAAUCCCAGCGCUAGUUGGUCCGUGGAUGAAAAACGGCGCCCUCCAUGAACAUCUAAACAAAAUGUGGGGCAAGCAAUCGCUGCCCAAAAUGCAUUGUCUCUUCCUUCUCGUAAUGCAUGUUAGAAAUAUUAUCCACGGGGACCUUACGGCCUAUAAUGUUUUGAUUGAUGAGAACGGAGAUGCUGUCCUUGCGGACUUCGGCCUGUCGCUACUGCUGGCAGAGCAUGAGACAUCUUUCUUCGAUUCUCACAGCCCAGGCGCAGUUCGUUGGGCUGCUCCAGAAAUUAUACCGCUUGAUUCCUCCGAAGGUAUCAAGCCAAAUAAAGCAAGUGACAUCUAUUCAUUUGGGUGCAUCAUGAUGCAGGUGCUAUCUAAUAACCUCCCGUACUCGGAAAUCAGCGCACAGGCGGUAGUUGUGGCUAAAUCAAAACACACUCCGCCAACACGGCCCACACUGCAUCCAAUCGACGACGUCUACUGGUGCUAUCUCGAAAGAUGUUGGUCGCCACGCGUCGAAAGGCGACCUUUGGUUGACGACAUUCUGGACUACAUAAAGGCAGAGUGUGACAAACAAAAGUUAGCUUCUUGAGCUGUCCGCUCCUGCCAGUGACGCGAACGAGUUGACCUCGAACGCCAUGCUUUCUUGUCCUUCCAGCGCAGCAUAAUGUUGUACUCAUCUCAUGUGUUUUUCCAUCAUGUUACGAUACUUGCCUGUAGUACUACUCGCAGCGACAUAAUAUUAU